AUGGAAGCUGAAUACUAUCGCAAACCACCAAGAUCAAGUGAGGAAGAAGAUGAGUUGGGACGUAGUGUGAAGAAGUUUAAGGAAAGUUCAGGAGCUUUAAACCUUGAUAAUGUAUGGGAUGAUGGAGAAGAGUCUGAUACGGAAGUUGAACCACUGGUUGAAGGUAUGGCAGAGAUUAAGUUAUCCAAAGAAACUAAGGCUCCUAUUAGAGCACCAUGGGCUAAGGCUUUGAUAGUAAAAAUGUUUGGUAGAACUGUGGGAUUCAGCUAUCUCACUUUCAAUAUCAAUGCCUUAUGGAGACCCACUGCUAAGAUUGAUUGUGUUAAUCUAGGAAAAGACUAUUUUCUGAUUAAGUUCUAUAGUUCUAAUGAUUAUGAUAAAGUUCUUAAAGGAGGUCCUUGGUUUGUUGGAGAGCAUUUUUUGGCCAUUAAGCCUUGGGAGCCUUAUUUUAGAGCUUCUAGAGACAACCUAACUUCAGUUGCAGUUUGGGUGAGAUUUUCGGAGCUUCCAAUAGAGUUUUAUGAUUUGGAAGUGUUGAAGGAAAUUGGUAGUGCUAUAAGGCCUAUUCUUAGAAUAGAUUCUUACAAGGCCAUUGGUUCAAGGGGAAGCUACGCAAGACUUUGCAUUCAGAGAAGAUGUAAUGGGAAUUUUGAAGUAUAUGAUGGUCUGGAAAUCGGAAUGAAAGUAUUCCAAGGACCUAUUGAGGAGGAUAGGAUGGAGUAUGGUGGAAGCAGCCACAAUGAACCCUAG